CUCAUCAGUUUCAUUGGUCGAUAACUCGGUCGAUAUAAAGCGUGCGGGGACUCCUCGCAGGCGAUAUAACGACUAGUGAAACUCAUAAGGCGAUAUCUCGGUCGAUAUGCAGCAUGCGGGUGACUCCCCGCAGGCGGUAAGGUGGUAUAACGACUAGUGAAACUCAUAAGGCGAUAUCUCGGUCGAUAUGCAGCAUGCGGGUGACUCCCCGCAGGCGGUAAGGUGGCAUAACGUAAUCGUAACGAGUUGCAUAUGCACAAUUAAGGUAAAGUCACGCUCAAAGUCCAAAAUCAUAGUGUUCGGUAAAAAAGCGCCGCGCUUAAAAACCGCCUCCGUGUGAACACAAACCUACAUGGUUAUCCAUUUGUGUCAUUCAAACGCUUUUUUUUUAGCGCGCGUUGAAAGAGCGCUCAUGCGAAUGAGGCUUUAGUCUGAUCAUUUCUCCAGAUUUGUGCCUGCGUCUAAACUUCGUCAAACCAUACUUAAUAAAUGUAUGAAGAGUUUAACGGAGUUGAGUUUGACCGCACUCAUAAAAUUUGAGAACGACCCAGUCCCAUUCCGAAAACGUUUGCAAAAAGUCUCCGUCCAUACUUCACCUCUACCUCUUUAAAAGAAAGUAAACAUCAAGAAAAAUAAGUCGUUCUGACAGACUUACUUUAAACAACGAAUCUCAUUACAAAUAUUGUCAUCUUGAAAUAUAUUUUGAUAACGAUUUUGGCCCCAUUUAACAAGUUUUGUAUUUAUAUUUACAGUAUUAUAUUUGAAUCUUUAUGAAUAAAAUAUGGUUGGACAAGGCGGUGGAGGAUACUUGUUUCGGAGCGAUGAACGGUACUCGGGGAACAAGAGCCGUUUCAAAAUCGUGUCGCGGUCAUUAGCCGAAGAAGAUGCAUUCGACGUAAGACCUUUGAGGAAAGGAGUACGGAGCGGGGUGUUGUUUUCGAUAAUGAACCUGGCCAAGGGCGCGCUCGGCGGAGGCGUUCUGGCCGGUCACGUGGCCUACAUGACGGCCGGCUACUUACCCGCAAUCAUCCUCAACAUGAUCUACGGCGUCUACAUGUGCUACAACUUUUACAUUUUAGUAAUGUCCGCACAAAGGCUGUGUCGCCGAUGUCACGUGGCUUCGAUGACGUAUCCCGACGUCGGCGAAGCUGCGUUCGCUCUGUUCCCCAAUCCCAAGGUUGCAAGAUGGUCGACUUGCUACAGAAAAUGGAUCGAUGUUAUAACAUGUUUGAACCUGUUUGGCUCUUGUGCGGCGUAUCAACUGAUGGUGGCCAAAACUAUCAAACAAUUGGCAGAAGACACCCAGGAGAGCAUUUUAGAGGGUCGAAAUGGUUUACCAAGUUUGCGAGCUUAUAUUGCUUUUAUGAUAGUUCCAUUUAUCAUCAUCUGUUUAAUUACUGAAAUUAAAUACUUGGCGCCAUUUUCGAUUGUUGCAAAUAUUGUAAUAGCGAUUGCGUUGAUCGUGACCAUCUGCUACGCAGCCAAAUACAACCCCGGUUUCGAGAACAUGGUGGCGACGACUAGUUUUCUGGACGUGAUAAAAUUCACCGGCAUGUCGGUGUUCAGUAUGUCGUGCGCAGGAGUCGUCAUACCUGUGGAAAAUAACAUGAGCGAGCCCAAGAAGUUUCCUCUUGUGCUGGGGUGCGGCUACAUCUUCAUCAUAGGUGCUGUGUUCUGCGCUUCAUUUUUCGGUUAUGCCGCGUUUUUGGAUAAGUGUGAGUCACCGAUAACGAUGAAUUUUCCUUUGACAAUGGGCCCAAAAGUCCUUAAAGGUUUCAUAGCAAUCAUGAUCUACGUGACGCACGCGGUCAACUUCUUCAUGCCGUUUAACUGCGUAUACUUUUACCUGAAGCCUAAGUUUAAGCCUCAGAACCAAUUCAAGAUGGAGCUCUUCUUCAGGGCGCUCAUCGUGAUCAUCAUCUCCUUGGUCGCUAUUGCGUUUCCCAGCGUUGAUGCGUUGAUGGGAUUUCUGGGCUGUUUCUGCCUCUCCAACAUGGCUUUCAUCUGUCCGAACACAAUCUACGUAUUAGUGCACUACGAACGACCAGGUAAGAACAAGCAGUUCAUGAUAUGGCGCGCCGUUAUCCUCUCGCUGUUCGGAGUUUUCAUUCUCUUCUGUGGGUCCUUCGUCAGCGGCAAGGACCUCGUCCUCACGCUGUUCAAGAAGAAGCCACAAGACGCGACGACACCAGGUCCUGAAAAUCCAUAAUCCUGAGAUCUGGAUCUGGUCCCUCGUGCUGAAUCCCAUUUUAUAAAGCUGUGCCAUUUUGUUUAGAAUUGUAAACUUAAAUUUAGUUAAUUUGAUUUUUUUAUAUUAUUUCUACUCAGAAUUACGAGCUCUUUCGAUCCUAAUGAAUGAACGAAUGAAUGAAUGAAUGAAAUGAAUGAAAAUCUUUAUUUCAGGCAACUAGUGGCCCAUGAAUCCUUGGACCUUAAAAACUAACACACAAUAUAUUCCAAAACGAAACUCUACAAAUGACAUUAUGGUUGCUAUGCAUGACGCAAGCCCGCAGUGUCAGGGAGCUGGCCUCGGAACCGCCGAAACUUGACACCCUUCGGCCAAAACUCCUCCCUGUUGAAGGUCGCUAGAUAUUCAUUUAGAACGCUCACCACAAACGAAUUAAAAUUCGCAUUGUGUCGAGAUUCCAACUUCGCCACCCUCAGAACGAGUCCGGACUUUACUCUCAUCUUCUUCUUCCUCGCGUUGUCCCGGCAUUUGCCACGGCUCAUGGGAGCCUGGGGUCCGCUUGACAACUAAUCCCAAGAUUUGGCGUAGGCACUAGUUUUUACGAAAGCGACUGCCAUCAGACCUUCCAACCCAGAGGAUAAACUAGGCCUUGUUGGGAUUAGUCCGGUUUCCUCACGAUGUUUUCCUUCACCGAAAAGCGACUGGUAAAUAUCAAAUGAUAUUUCGUACAUAAGUUCCGAAAAACUCAUUGGUACGAGCCGGGGUUUGAACCCGCGACCUCCGGAUUGCAAGUCGCACGCUCUUACCGCUAGGCCACCAGCGCUU